AUGAAUGAAGAGGAGGUAUCGGCUGGUAUUUCUCUAGCUAUAUUGUCAUUUGUGACUGGUGUCACUUUUAAUGGGACUAUUAGGUUUAGCAGUUACUUGAGUGUCAUCAGCUUGCUGAUAUUCUCCGCAAACAUUCUGCUCUAAGUACAAAAAGUGUGUCCCUUCAAUAAAAGUAGAAGACUUAAAGAAGCAUUGGUGACCUUUGUCUUAGGAAUGUUGACUGUGAAUUCAUUCUCUUAUAUGGCGGAUUACCUUCCUUUAAGGUUGUAGAUUUAUAUUGCUUCAUUGGGACUAUAUCACUAUAUGGAGUACCUCUAUGUUUGCUAUUUUCAUUAUGUUCAACUAACUUUUGAUAGUUUCUUGUUAAAUCAAAGUCCAUAAUAUAUGAUUGCAGUUUUGAUUUCAUUCAUUGAGUUUUCUUUGUUCUAUAAUUAUUAUGACAUGUGUGAAAAUCUACCUUCCUUCCUCUCAUUUGGCUUAACGGCCUUUGGAUUGAUAAUGAUCAUCGUUGGACACUUCUUUAGGAUUGGAGCAGAGUUUACUGCUGGGUACAAUUUCAAUCAUAAGAUUUAGUUCUACAAGGAGGACAGACACAAACUUGUUACCGAUGGUUUGUACUCUGUAUGCAGGCAUCCAAGCUAUCUAGGAUGGUUUUUAUGGGCAGUUGGUACAUAACUAUUCUUAUUAAAUCCAGUUUCAACUCUUUUGUUUUUCGGAUCAUCUUGGUACUUUUUUCGUCAUCGCAUUGAGAUUGAGGAAGAAAUACUCUAUGAUUUUUUCAAAGAUGAAUACAGAAUAUAUUGCUCAAGGACGCCAAUUCUUAUUCCAUUCAUCAAUGGGUUUUAAGACUAUGAAUGA